CGAAGAACCUACAAAAACAUACUUUGUUGAAACUUCCUUCCCAUCCUAAAAAGACUAUUGAACUUUCUUUUGAUCCAGAAACAUCUCAUUCUACAAUCCCUGGGGUUUGAUAUCAGAAACUGAAAUGUGUGACAGGCUGCCUAAUACAUAUCAAUGAUGUCCGUUUUGAUUUCAAUAAGCUGGUACUAGUACUAGUAUUAGUACUAGUUAGUAAGUACAUGAGGACAAACAACAAACUGUUCCUCAGCUGUUUCGAAAAUCUUACUACCCCCAAAUAAGUGAAUAAUGAAACAUUUCUGGGCAUAAAGUAUAACUGGACAUUUGGAGAAAUCAAGACAGAUGAAUUGAUGAGAGUAAAAGUGUAGAAAAUUCUGAAACCUUAUGUCCGUCCAGGCUGUAUGUUACUCACUCUCUAGUUGUUCCAAACCAGUACAAAAUUUAAAUAUAAGUUUGGUUGAACACAGAGAAAGAUAUUUGGACGAAUGCUGGUAACCAAAAAGUUCUUGGACCCCAAUUGACUCCCAUAGUAGGAAAAAUUAAAUUUGUAGUCAAACGUGCCCCAGAACUGUUUGCUGUCCUACAUUCUUCAAAAUAUCUUCUUUUGUGUUCAACAGAACAAAAAAUAAAUAGCCAUUUUCCCUACUAUGGUAGUCAAUGGGGUCCAAGAACUGGUUGGUUACAAGUAUUCGUCCAAAUAUCUUUCUCUGUGUUCAGAACAAAGAAAUGUAUACAGAUUUGGAACAGCUAAAAGGCGAGUAAAUGAUGACAGAAUUUUUAUUUUUGGGUGAUCUCUUUAAAUACAGUACUACAAAUGUACAGUAUAUGAGCCCUUUAACUAAUGAACUGGUUAUGCUUUUGUUUACAAUAAACAUGAGGAACCCGGUGCUGUUAUUAUACUUGAAAAGCGUUCACUGUUGGCACAGAUUCACUAACCAUACCCAUCGCUUCCAAGAAAUAACAUUGCACAAUUCCUUCCAGCUUUAUGCAAAACUUCCUUCUAGACUCUCAUUAAGAUUAAUGAUUCAUGAAUGUGUCUCAUUAUUCCUUAUUGUUUCACUUUAGUUUUUUAUGGAGAGAUCAAAUAAAUGGUUUGUUUCUCAAAAAAUUGAUCAGUAUGAUGCUAUUGUAUUGUAAUGAGAUGAAAGGAUAUGUAGCAUCCCCAUGUGGAACUUCUAGUGUGGCUGUGAAUGUCACAGUUAACCCCUCCCACACCCAUGACCAGUACUCGUGUUUGACUGGGGCCAUCAUAACAUGCUAGAAAAAUACGAUCCUCGCAUAUCUACAGCGUGUGGUUAAAUGUUAGUGUUCAUAAAGUAAUGCUGGUAAUUAUGAGCAGUCCUCCAUUAUGUUUUAUAAUAGUAAUAACAACAACAGUCUCUGCACCUUAGUCAAUGGUGAGUGUCCUCUGUCCCACAUUAACGUCACUGGUUGCUCAUUACCAGCCCAUUUGUCUUCUCAGUUGAAAAACCGCCUCUUGAGUCAUAAAAAGCUCUACAUGAGUUUGUUUAUGAUGCCUGGGAGUGUUUCCUGGACGAGGAGCGGCCAGUCUACACGCUGUACAUUAUUUCAUUGUUUCUUAGACACGCUUCACUGUUGAAGCAGGUUUUGGAUAGAAACACUUCUCAGGUGUCUGAUCUGGCAAGUCAAGUCUUUGGUUUGAAUAGGAACGGAGGGAGGACAAUGCUUGAGCAUUUUACCUAGGGAAGGGUAAGACCUGUCGGACAUGCUGGGGAUAAAGAAGCGACCUGAUUUGGCUGGAAUAUUCUUACGCGCUGUUUGGCCGGAGCCGAAGGAUCGGUCAAGUCCAGUCAUGACUCAGGUGUCGGACCCAGAUCAAGGUGGCACUAUCAAAGAUCAGGCAAAAAAGAGAAGGGUUGUCAUCCCAUGUUGGACCGAAGAUGAAGAGGCGAAGGAAUUGCAGAAGUCAUACAGCAAAAACAAGGUCAGAACGACCAAAUACACAUUUCUGUCUUUCAUUCCCAAGAAUCUUUUCGAGCAGCUCCAUCGGUUCGCCAACGUAUACUUCUUAUUCUUGGGCGCGUUGAACUUUGUGCCUGUCGUGAAUGCCUUCCAGCCGGAGAUCUCCAUCAUUCCUAUUAUUUUAGUGAUGUCUGUAACUGCUGUCAAAGACCUUUGGGAGGAUCAGCGACGGAGGAGAUCGGACAAAAAGGUCAAUAACCGCUUGUGUGAUGUGUAUGACAGGAAGCAGAAGCAUUAUGUGGAGCGGCGCUGGGCAGAGGUGUGUGUUGGUGACCUGGUCCGUCUCUGCUGUAAUGAAAUCAUACCAGCUGACAUGGUGCUGCUACACUCGUCUGAUCCUAACGGUGUGUGUCACAUCGAGACCGCCAACCUGGAUGGAGAAACCAACCUGAAACAGAGGCAGGUGGUCCGUGAGCUGCCACAACAGGGAUCCGAAUUCAUUCCAGAAAGCUUCAGCAGUCGCAUCGAGUGUGAAAAUCCCAAUAAUGAUUUGAGACGCUUCAGGGGCUUUAUGGAACAUCCUGGCAAGAUACGCGUUGGACUGCACAGUGAAAAUCUGCUGCUGAGGAGCUGUACCGUGAGAAACACAGAGACUGUCAUUGGCAUCGUGGUCUAUGCAGGUCAUGAGACGAAAGCGAUGCAGAAUAACAGCGGACCGCGCUACAAGCGAAGCAAACUGGAGCGCAGGCUUAAUGUAGAUGUGCUGUGGAGUGUGGCUUUACUGCUGCUUAUGUGCUUUGUUGCUGCUGUAGGUCAUGGUCUUUGGUUGAACGGACUAAAGGAUCCCAUCUUCAUGAUCCCUGAUGACACGCCCCCUGCACUCGCUGCCUUUUACACGUUCUGGACAAUGAUUAUUGUUCUGCAGGUGCUGAUUCCGAUCUCACUCUACGUGUCUAUAGAGAUUGUGAAGCUGGGACAGAUUUAUUUUAUUCAAAAUGAUAUAGAUCUGUAUAACCCGAGAUUUGACACAGGAGUCCAGUGCAGAGCAUUGAACAUCACAGAAGAUCUUGGUCAGAUUCAGUAUCUUUUCUCCGACAAGACAGGAACCCUCACAGAAAACCGCAUGCUGUUCCGUCGCUGUACUGUGGCAGGAACGGAGUACCCUCACUGCGAGAACGCUAUUUCUCUGGAGCAGUAUGAGGAGCAGGGGUGUGGUGAUGUAGAUCACUCUCACACACUGAGAUCGCGCUCCAGCAAGAAGUCUCUGAGCUGUAAAUCUCUCAGCUGCAAUCAAAGUUCAGUCUCUCUCAAAACCCUCACGGCAGAGUCUGACACACACUCCGUCCUCGACACGCUCCGCAGGCGCACACUCGGAGCCUUUAGCGGCACCAUGGAGUGUGCAGUUGUUCCAGACCCUCAGCUGAAGGGGAAGCUGGAUACCUUGUGUUCACCCAUGCAUCCCUCUGUCCGCCAUGAAGCUGCUGAAAUCUCUCACAUUCUGGACUUCUUUCUGGCGCUGGCCGUCUGUAACACUGUGGUGGUUUCCUCAGCCACUCAGCCGAGACAUGUGGUUCAGAUGCCUGUGGGUCGCACUCCCCUACGCUCUCUAGAGGACAUGAAGCUUCUGUUGCAGAAGUUGAGUCUACCUCGCUUUCCCAUUUCACCCAACCAAAACACAGACAGCCCUAGCAGCCUGACCAAAAAACUCUUCACCCGUGGUCGCUCGGCAAUGUACUUCCCCAACAGCGCUUCACAAACGCCCAUCACAACCCAACCCUUACCCAACACACCCACUUGCACCCCUUCAGACACUCCCUCCACCCCCUCUACUCCAGUCUUGUUGCGCAGUGGCCCUUGUGGAGAUACGAAGGAUGCGGAGCUGGCCAAAGGUUAUGAUGAGACUGACAGCGAUGAGGAUGAUGAUGAUGAGGAAGAUGAUUUGCUAUAUGAGGCAGAGAGCCCGGAUGAGGCAGCAUUGGUACAAGCAGCAAAGGCUUAUGGAUGCACUCUUCUGGGCCGGUCUCCAGAGCAGGUCUUGGUGGCUGUUCCAGGUGCAGGACCGCUCUCUAUCCCACUGCUGCACGUGCUACCGUUUCAUUCUGCCCGCAAGAGGAUGUCUGUGGUUGUCCGUCAUCCUUUCACAGGAGAUGUGAUGGUGUACACUAAAGGAGCAGAUAAUGUCAUUAUGGAGCUGGCUGAAGGAGCUAAAGAUGGUUUCUCUAGAGAGGUUAUGGAACGGACGCAGAGACACCUGGACCAAUACGCAAGAGAGGGGCUGCGCACUCUCUGUGUUGCUAAAAAAGUGUUAGAAGAGCAGGAAUACAAAGGCUGGUUGAAGAGACACGAGUAUGCAGAGACCAGUAUUGAAAACAGAGAAGAGCUUCUGCUUGAAUCUGCCGAGAGACUAGAAACUAAUCUCACAUUGUUGGGGGCGACGGGUAUAGUAGACCGUCUGCAGGAGGAGGUGCCCGAGACUAUUGAGGCCCUGCAAGAGGCUGGAAUUAAAGUGUGGGUCCUUACAGGAGACAAACAAGAGACGGCUAUUAAUAUUGCCUUUGCUUGUAAACUCCUCAGACCGACAGACCAGCUCCUUACAGCCAACUGUGACAGUAAGGAGGCAUGUGAGGCUCGACUUUACGAGUUACAAUGUGAGAUCAGACACUUCACCAAUGGAGGAUCGUCUAGCCAUGACAUGUUGGAGGAUGAUAGAAGCACCUCUGACUUUGUGCUGGUCAUUGAUGGCCGCACGCUGGACUUUGCUCUGCACAAUGAUCUACAGGAGGCUUUCCUGGACCUCACAUGCUGCUGUCGCUCGGUCAUAUGCUGCAGAUCCACCCCCCUGCAGAAGAGCCAAGUGGUACGGCUGGUCCGAGACCAACUCAAAGUCAUGACCCUGGCUAUAGGUGAUGGAGCUAAUGAUGUUAGUAUGAUUCAGAUGGCAGACGUUGGCAUUGGCAUCUCGGGCCAGGAGGGCAUGCAGGCGGUGAUGUCCAGUGACUUUGCCAUCUCAAGAUUUAAGUACCUGAGAAAGCUGAUUUUGGUUCACGGUCAUUGGUGCUAUUCACGCUUGGCUAACAUGAUCCUUUAUUUCUUCUACAAGAAUGUGAUGUACGUGAACCUGUUGUUCUGGUACCAGUUUUUCUGUGGGUUCUCCGGCAGCACCAUGACCAACUCAUGGGUUCUCAUCUUCUUUAACCUGCUCUUCACCUCCGUCCCUCCACUCGUCUACGGGGUGUUGGACAAAGACGUCUCCGCAGAGACGCUCCUCGACCUGCCUGAUCUGUACAAAUCUGGACAGAAGUCUCAGGCCUAUCUUCCCUCAACAUUCUGGCUGACCAUGCUUGAUGCGUUUUACCAGAGCCUAGUGUGCUUCUUCAUACCUUACUUUGCGUAUGCAGGGAGUGAUAUUGGAGUACUCUCAUUUGGUUCUCCAAUUAAUGGCUCCGCCCUCCUCAUCAUCCUCUUGCAUCAGGUCAUAGAGAGCCGCACACUGACAUGGCUACAUGGUGCAUUGCUGCUCUUCAGUGCCCUGUUCUAUUAUGUCUUCGUAUUAGUGUUCAGCGUUACAUGUGUGACAUGCAAUUCUCCCACAAACCCUUUCGGCAUCGAGACUAAAAUGAUGUCAGAGGCACCCUACUAUUUUGUGUGUGGACUUACCACAGUCCUGGCACUGCUGCCUAGGAUUCUGCUCCGUGUCAUUUGUAACAGCACCUGUCCUUAUGACCUGGUGAAAGCACAGAAAAUAGAGCGACUCCCUCCAGUAGACUACUGCUCUAGCGUAAAGCAGUGGAAGGAGAGCAGGGCCGCUGGGAAACUGUCCACAAGAAACAUCCCUCAAAACCUCAGUGUGAAUGCCGACAAUUGUAUCACAGAAGCAGGCGCUGUCGUCUUGUGACCAAUUACAAAAUGGCCACCUUUAACCAUAUAUACAACAUUAGUAAAACUAAUGACUGUAUAUUCCUGCACUUUAAUGAUUGGCAGGAACUCUGACCAAUCAGAUCACAGAUCUGGAUUUUCUCUGCCCAAUGAGAGUGUUUUUACAGUGACGUGCCUGGACUCUCUCUCUGUCUAUGUGGGAUACAUAGAUACCUGAAUUGCAGUGCAAAUUCGUUUUUUUCGUGGAAGGUGGAAUAGACUUGGAGUCGAUCUGAGUGGUCCAGCGCUCUAUCCAAGCUGCAAGAUACACAGAGAGUUGUUUACACUUCACACGUCUCAGGCUGUGCCUGUGGCUUUUUGAAUUACACAUGCACUCCAGCACCACACAAGAACUGUGUACCUCAUGUGAUUGAAGAGAUCGGAGUAGUUGUGAAUCGUGGGUCAGGAUGCGGUUUGUGUAUGUCAAUAUAUUAUGGCUGCUUUGCUCCUACUGUAAGGCAAUAUAUAAUACAGUUUUUUAUUUUUGAGACUGGGAUAUUCCCGAUAUUGCUUGACCAUUAUUGUAGAUGUUGCACGCUUUUUCUCUUUAAGAGAAAACUGUGUAAUCUUCCACAAAUUUAUUUUGUGGUUAAGACAGUUUAUGAAUUGUCAUAGAUCAGGAAUGAUUAUAGUCAGACUGACGUGACUUUUAAAGGAUACUUCACCCAACAAUGAUUUCAUCAUGUAUUCACCCUCAUGUCAUUCUAAACCUGAAUGGCUUUCUUCUGCAGAACACAAAAGAAGAUAUUUUGAAGAAUUUUUGUAACCGAACAACACAGGACCCAAUUGACUUCCAUUGUAUAGACAUUUCUCACAAUAUUUUUGUCAUAAUAUACAGGUUUUGAAUGAUGUGAGGGCAAAUAAAUGGCAAAAUGUUAUUUUUUAAUUUCAGUGGAGUCGAGUAACUCCAGUUGGAACAAGAAAGUACAUUUGCACAUCCUUUGUGUUUUUGUUCAUCUGGUAACCUCUGAAUAAUAAGGAAAAGCAUUCUUGUUUUAUUGAUCGUGGACAGCUUUGACAUACCAAGAUGCUUUUACAAGAAGAACAAAGUGAAUUUUCCCUGCUCAGGAAUGAAACGAAGCAAAAAAAGCUGAUGUAUUUGUGACCUGAGGUCUUUGAUGCCCAUGUUUGUGUACAUUGUGCAAGUAAACAUGCAUUCCAGGUGGAUUACCAGUAUUUUAUUACUUUUUAUGUUAUGUUAUUUUUAUUGCAGAAAUGAAUGCUUGAGUCGAAAAUGUGAAUGGAUAAACAAGAUUGAUGUAUACUUAACUUGUAUAGUAUUUAUAGUUUAUGAACAUGUUAUUUUACAUCUCUUGAUAGACAUUUGUGUUAUUUGCGAAAUGUAAAAUAAAACACU